AUGGAUCUUAGUGAAGAUGGACAGCUUUGGAGUCGAUCCCUAGAUACAAAUGGAGAUGAGGUGGGGCGUGAUUUGGUCCUCAGGGCGGCCGGCGACCACGUCAUGACCGGCGAUCCCAGAGCACUGCACCACCUGACGGCCAUGGAAAAGACCUGCCGGGUGUCCCCUUAUUUUGGGAGUGUCCAGACGGACAUCCAGCCGUACAUGCGGAGGAUACUGGCAGUGUGGAUGUUUCAGGUGUGUGAGGAGCAGAAGUGUGAGGAGGAGGUGUUCCCACAGGCGGUGCGUUACCUGGACUGUUACCUGAGCCGCUUUGCCAUUGAAAAGUCCAACCUGCAGCUUUUAGGGGCUGUUUGCAUGUUCCUGGCCUCCAAAAUGAGAGAGACCGUCCAGUUGUCUGCCAGCAAGCUUUGCAUCUACACAGACAACUCCAUUUCAGUCUCAGACCUCCUGCAGUGGGAGGUGGCAGUGGUGUCCAGGUUGGACUGGUGUCUGGCCUCUGUGGUACCCUCUGACUUCCUGGAGCCAGUUCUUCACGGUCUCCCCUUUGUUCAGCUCCACCACCUUCCAAACAUACGCAGACACGUUCACGCCUUCAUCGCUCUGGCAGCCACUGACUGUAGGUUUUCAGUGUUCUUGCCCUCCACUGUUGCAUGCGCCUGUGUGAGCCUCGCCACGCAGAGGCUAAAGUUAGUGGACGCCGCUGUCGCUACUGAUUUGGUUAUGAAGUUUUUGGCCGACCUUUUGCCCAUUGAUCUGAGCUCUGUCCUCCUCUGCUAUGACCAGCUUGGGAGUGUGUUGGAGCUCGGCCUGCCCUCUUGUUUCCAGGCCAGCGUUUGCAGAUCAGGAGCACACGGCUCAGAGAUCAGCUACACCCCUGCUAGCAUUCAAGAUGUUGAAUUGACAUCAAGUUAA